AUGAAUACCUCCUCCACCACCGUCAUGAACACCUCCACCACCACUACCGCCGCCACCACCACCACCACCACCACCACUACCGACAAACUUCUUCAUGUUCUUGCGCAGACACGCCAACAACCUUCCCAAGACAACAGAAUGAGUACGGCGACCAUCCAUCGCCACCAGGCCCAACGCCGGGGUUCGAACCAAGCGCACUACCGUAUUGAACGAGCUACGCAGAGGGCACUCCGACAGAUCGCUGCCGCCCGUCUCCGGUACGCCUCCGCCAGCGCGCGUAUCGAGGCUGCGAUAGACACUGCUGAGAGCCGGCUCACCCGCGCUGCCGACGAGGCAACCAGACGGAUGCUCUCGGCGCAUCUUCAGCGACUUGGCGUGCGGCUCAGAGUCGUCGAGGACCAGUACUCGAACGAGCGCCAGCUAUUUCUCACCAAUAUCGAAUUCCUGCCCAUCCAGUGGGAGGUCGCACAGCCCUAUCUGGAAGGGUGGGCCUGGCUCGACAAUACAGCGGUGGAGGCGUCUGGAGCGCUGCGGUUGGAAGUCAUCCAGGAAGACGAAGAGCCUGGAGUGGACUGUUGA